UUUCUUCACGAUCAGCGUCACUCGUUUGUGUCAAGAACAACCAAUAACGAUGUCUGCCAACGACAAAGCAGUAGCGGCUCUAGAGAAAUUAGGUAAAGGCUUCGAAAGGAUGGGUAACGGUUUGGGGUUUGUUGCUGUGGUGGGUGUGAUUUACCUGGGUUUCAAAUUGUGGUCAUUGAAUUAUAGCGUUGAGUUAAUCUUCUCAAAAGAUGAACCCCAAACCGAAACUAAAACCAAAGCCGGGAAGGAGGCCUUCACCUGUGGCGAUUGCAACAAGAAGGCAGUGUGCUCUACCUGCACUCAGAAGGCUUUCAAUAGAAUUGGACAUGGUUUGGAGUUGAUUGCUUUGGUAGGUAUUGUCUACCUGUUUGGAAAAUUGUGGACUUCUGAUUAUAGUAUCUUCUCAAAAUCUGAAAUCUCAGUGUGUGGCGACUGCAACAAGAAGGCAGUGUGCUCUGCCUGCACUCAGAAGGUGUGCGCCGUCUGCAAGCAGAAGCUGUGUUCGUGA